AUGGACUCUCUUCCUGCGCUCUUUCACAGAGCCCUCACUGCGCUCUCGAGGGCAUCCAACCUACCUACAAUCGACGAUGAAACACAGGACUUGAUCGCUUCAGCCCAAAAGGAUCUUCGACAGGCUCGGUCGCGACUUUCAGACCUCUCCUUGUUCAGUCCAAACGAGAUCCUGGAGGACAUUGCAACGCGGGAUCUGAUAUAUUUAUUCGUUCCAUUUGUCCUCGCGGAGGCAGAAUCGCGCGCCAGGGCUCUAGAGAGAGAAGAGCGGCUUGCACGUCUUCGUGAGUCAGAGGCGAAUCUUCUCGCAUUUGUGUCUGGCCUGGAGAACUACGAGGUCGUCCCCGAGUCUGAGCGAGAGCUAUAUGGCAAGAAGGCACCUGCCGUCGCUGACCCAGCUAGGAGGCGGGAAGCCAAGAUCAAACAAUAUCAGAAGGAAAAGGAGAUUAGAUCCAAGAUUGACGUAUGUCGUCGCCAUGCCACGGGCAAUUCCCUCGAUGACAGCCCCACCGACUUUGACCUCAUCGCAUCUCUUCUACCUAUCUCGGCCUCCCCCUCCGCUGAAGAAGGAGAGGAAGAUGAUGCAGACGACGUUCUACGCGAAGUCACUCUGCUUCUCCUGAGGCUCGUGUACGCGCAAGCUCGAGCACAGUUGGAUAGCCUCAGCCAGGAAUUCGAGCUCUUGAAAAAUGCCCCGCACACACCUCCAGGGCCUCCAGAGGGGCAGUCGGGAUCCCGAAACACAGACGAUCUGGACUGGAGGCUCGAUGCAAUGAGACUGUCCGGUAGAAACAAGCCACUACUGGACGCCAAGGGAAAGCCGCUGCAACCAUUCACAAUCCUUCCAUCCUCAGCCGCCGACCGUGCCCAAUUGAAAUCUCAGGUUUUCCAGGCUGACCACCGUCUACCGACCAUGACCAUCGACGAAUACCUUGAUAUCGAGCGCGAACGGGGCAAAUUCAUUACCGGUGGGGGCCCCGCAUCGGCUGCUCAGCCUACGUCCAAGGAACAGCUGACGAUGGAUUCGGAGCAGGAUGGUACUACCUUUGCGGAGGAAAAGGCGGAAGAGAAGAGACAGCAAGACGAGAGUUGGGCGAGGUACACUGACGAGAACGCCAAGGGUGCCGGAAAUACAAUGAACAGAGGAUAG